AGCCGGCGCGGGGCGCAGCGGCCCAGCCUGGAGCGAGCGCAGCCUCGUGCCCGCCGCCCGUGCCCGCCGCCGCUGCCGCCGCCGCCGCCGCCCGUGCCCGCCGCCCCCGGGGCAUGGCCUGUCUGAUGGCCGCUUUCUCGGUCGGCACCGCCAUGAACGCCAGCAGCUACUCUGCAGCGAUGACGGAGCCCAAGUCCGUGUGUGUCUCGGUGGACGAGGUGGUCUUGGGCAACAUGGAGGCCACCGAGACGGACCUGCUGAACGGACAUCUGAAGAAGGUGGACAACAACCUCACGGAGGCUCAGCGCUUUUCGUCCCUGCCCCGCAGGGCGGCCGUGAACAUCGAGUUCAAGGACCUCUCCUACUCCGUCCCCGAAGGACCCUGGUGGAGGAAGAAAGGAUACAAGACCCUUCUGAAAGGCAUCUCCGGGAAGUUCAACAGCGGGGAGCUGGUGGCCAUCAUGGGUCCCUCUGGGGCCGGGAAGUCCACACUCAUGAACAUUCUGGCUGGAUACAGGGAGACUGGCAUGAAGGGGGUCGUCCUCAUCAACGGCCUGCCCCGGGAUCUGCGCUGCUUCCGGAAGGUGUCCUGUUACAUCAUGCAGGACGACAUGCUGUUGCCACACCUCACUGUGCAGGAAGCCAUGAUGGUGUCUGCACAUCUGAAGCUCCAGGAGAAGGACGAAGGCAGGAGGGAGAUGGUCAAGGAGAUCCUGACGGCUCUGGGCUUGCUCUCUUGCGCCAACACGAGAACCGGAAGCCUCUCGGGCGGCCAGCGGAAGCGCCUGGCCAUCGCACUGGAGCUGGUGAACAACCCUCCCGUCAUGUUCUUCGAUGAGCCCACCAGCGGCCUGGACAGUGCCUCCUGCUUCCAGGUGGUCUCCCUGAUGAAAGGACUGGCCCAAGGAGGGAGGUCCAUCAUCUGCACUGUCCAUCAGCCCAGCGCCAAGCUCUUCGAGCUCUUUGACCAGCUUUAUGUCCUUAGUCAAGGACAAUGUGUGUACCGGGGAAAAGUCUCAAACCUUGUACCAUACUUGAGGGAAUUAGGUCUGAAUUGCCCAACCUAUCACAACCCUGCUGAUUUUGUCAUGGAGGUAGCGUCCGGUGAAUACGGUGACCAGAACAGCCGCCUGGUGAGAGCCGUCCGGGAGGGCAUGUGUGAUUCUGACCACAGGAGAGAGCCUGGGGGGGAUGCCGAGGUGAACCCUUUUCUUUGGCACCGGCCCUCUGAAGAGGUAAAGCAGGCAAAACGAUUAAAGGGGUUGAGAAAGGACUCCACCUCCAUGGAAGGCUGUCACAGCUUCUCAGCCAGCUGCCUCACCCAGUUCUGCAUUCUCUUCAAAAGGACCUUCCUCAGUAUCAUGAGGGAUUCGGUCCUGACGCACCUGCGGAUCACGUCUCACAUCGGCAUCGGCCUCCUCAUCGGCCUGCUCUACCUGGGGAUCGGGAACGAAGCCAAGAAGGUCCUGAGUAACUCCGGCUUCCUCUUCUUCUCCAUGCUGUUCCUCAUGUUCGCGGCCCUCAUGCCCACCGUUCUCACAUUCCCCCUGGAGAUGGGAGUGUUCCUCCGGGAACACCUGAACUACUGGUACAGCCUGAAAGCCUACUACCUGGCCAAGACCAUGGCCGAUGUCCCCUUCCAGAUCAUGUUCCCGGUGGCCUACUGCAGCAUCGUGUACUGGAUGACGUCACAGCCGUCCGACGCCGUGAGGUUCGUCCUGUUUGCCGCGCUGGGCACCAUGACCUCUCUGGUGGCGCAGUCCCUGGGUCUGCUGAUUGGAGCUGCCUCGACGUCCCUGCAGGUGGCAACCUUUGUGGGCCCUGUGACGGCCAUCCCCGUCCUCCUCUUCUCGGGGUUCUUCGUCAGCUUCGACACGAUCCCAGCUUACCUGCAGUGGAUGUCAUACAUCUCCUAUGUCAGGUACGGGUUCGAAGGGGUCAUCCUGUCCAUCUACGGCCUGGACCGGGAGGACCUGCACUGCGGCAUCGACGAGACGUGCCACUUCCAGAAGUCAGAGGCCAUCCUGCGGGAGCUGGACGUGGAGGACGCCAAGCUCUACCUGGACUUCAUCGUCCUGGGGGUUUUCUUCAUCUCCCUGCGCCUCAUUGCCUACUUUGUCCUGAGAUACAAGAUCCGGGCCGAGAGGUAAAACACCGGAGUGCCGGCAGAGGGCGGAGUAGACAGUGCGGCCCAGGGUGGCUUGUAGGAUCGCGGCGGCAGGGCCGUGCCCGCGGACACAGGGACCCCCGCCACCCAGCCCUGGCAGCGCCCUCGGGCCGCGGGCGUCAGGCCGCCCCGUCCGCGCAGCCCGGCCGGGCCUUCGCUCCGUCCCCCUUUCUGGCUCCGCCGGGGAAGCAGGUGUAGAGGUGUGUCCGCGAGCAGCAUUUCACAACGCGGCGGCGGGGCGGCCGGGGAGGAAGGCCAGCGCCCGCGGCCCCGCUCAUGACUGUCGCCGUCACCCCCCCCCCCCCACGGUCUGCCUCCUUCUCCACGGAGAAGUCACCUUCCAAGCCAAAAGCCGAUAACUCUCAUCCAUUUGAAGAAACUGUAUCUUUUUAGUAUUCGUCGAAGAACACGAUUCAGGGUAAAUGACACACUUUGCUUCGAGAGGCGAGGGGUUGAACUUCACCGCGGGGCUGGUCUCGUUUUUCGGGCUGAAGCUGUAAAAAAUGGAGACGCGGUCCCCGGCGGAGAGAAGGUUCUGGAGCCGCACGCGCUCAGCCGCGCCGGAAUUUCAAGAAGUCGUGAGGAGAGCUGGAGGGUGAGGUUGGCCGACGCCCCCCAAGCCUUCUGUUUCCCCCCGUGCUUCUUAUCUUAAGCAAAACAUAUUGUUUAUUUCUUCCUAACUCUCUGAACACCUUAAUUUUGCCUACAACAUGUCCAGAAAAUUGGCUUUGUUGAUGUUUUACCCGUGUGUCUCUCUCCCCACGUAUCACAUCACCUACCUCCACGGAGCUGGGGGUGCUGGGCUCGCGGAAAGUCCAGGGGGUCACACGGAGGGCCGUGAGGGGACCCCACUGUGGCUGGGGGGGGGGCGGUGGGGAGGGUGCCCAGACCCCAGAGCAUCCAAGGCCUUUGCAAGAAAGCGGCGAACACCGUGUGGCCGAGACGCCUGUGGUUUGGCCAGGCGGUGGACAGGGUUGUGGGCAAUGCCACCUGCCAAGCCCCGUUUCGGUGGCAUCUCCUCCUUCUCAGCCCUGGCUGGGCUGGUGGCGAUGUCGCGGACCAGAAGCUCCUUCUUCCCCGUGAAGGAAGUCCAGGGUGCAUCUAGGGGGGGGGGGGGUAAACGGCCUCUGGCUUGCUACCAGGUGCCUGGGCGCCUACCAGCCGUCGGAGGCAGUGUGACCACAGGGUGGAGGUCGGAAGAGGCCAGAGAAGGGAAUGGAGUGUUGCCCCCUGGGAAUCUCCUUGCCCUGGGGCCGGGGUCUCCUAGCGACUCUGGCUCCUUCCCGCCCUGAGCCUGGAUCUCCUGGUCCGUGAACGGUAGCGCCGGGCCGUCUUCAAGGCCGCUUUCAGCCCUGAGAGGUUCUGCGCCUCCUCAGCUGUGUUCCCAAAGCUUCUAUUUCCUACUUGAAGAGAAUGGAGAGCGUUCAGAUUUUGCCGGCGCAUGGAUUUGACUCACAGAUACUUGGUGAUCCCUUUGCUCCCGCUUUGAUCCGUUUUAGUAAACACAGUGGAGACAUGUUACAACGUAGCUUUCAGUUUCAUGGUUCUGUGCAAAUGGGGCAUCACCGGCCAGGUGAAGCGAUUUAACCAGGAUCGCUUUUUAGGCGCCAUAAAAAGUCUUCGUUUAAUUUCAAGACAGAUUUGCCUGCAAGGUGUCACAGGUAGGAAGUCCCACAUGGGAACAGCCUGGUGAAAUAGAGAGGGGGUGGGGCCGGGGGGAUGGCUUUGGUCACGCCACAGUGACAUCAGGUGAGCCCUCUGGAGGCAGGUCUGUGACCCUGCUAAGGACGGGCUGGCCGGGAGCUGCAAUGCAGGACCCAGCCCUCCCCCUACCAGGCACCAUUUGUGACCCGAGCCCACCGUGCGGUGUCUCAGCCAUUUCAGAAGGAAACAGAUUCCUUGAGACCGAAAAUCUAGUUUCCAAGUGUCCUUGCGUCCUCAGAAGGAAAUAUUUCCCUAGGAGCGCACGCUCCCUGCAUUUUCCAUUUUCCACUCUUGAGAAAUUACAUUUGUCCCUUAAUAGAUGUAGACGGGUAGGGGGCAGAUCUGGCGGAUGUGAGGCUGUCCGCUGUCGAGGAGAAUGCAUGUGCAAAGCAACAGGGCGCUAACUGGUGUGUGUCACGAGUACCGUCGUGGCCAGGCAGGGGAUUUGCUCAGAAAGACCUUGGGGCGCCUUGAGAGAGGCGGUCAGUCCCGGGAUGCCGUCCCUCCCCCGUCAGCAGCAGGCGCCCCCCGCUGGCGCCUUCACACAGACCCUGGGCGACAGCGAUGCAAACGGUGUUCCUUGCGUCCCCAGGUUGCUGGGUACAGCGUCUCACUCGGAUGACCUAAGCUAACGUCCAGACAACCUGUUGACUUGUUUUUGAACUCGUUGCGGUUAAGAGGGGGGUGUCCACCUGCUGGGACUGCAUCGAGGCCAGCUGCCCAGAUUUAAUUCUCGUCGUGAGUUCUGAAUGCAAUGCCUCCUCUCGUCUCUGUGAUUCUUCAUUUAGAGGGAAGAGCGAAAUCUUGCGUGAGAGACGUGAAGCCCCUGCGGUGUUAGGAGAGGCAAAAGCUCGAGUCCAAAGGGUCUGGCUUCCAAGUUCGGCUUGUCAGGCGAGAAGGGGGAGCUGCGGGGCCUGGGGUCUGGUGCCAGCCGUACCUGGGGAGCCUUCCACGGGUGCCACCGUAGGAUCGUGCCCGUUUUUGCUCCUGGUCUCGCUGAGGUCCAGCCGGAGGGGGCAGUCCUUCCAAGGGUCCCGCGUGGGUGCCAUGGGGAGCUCUCCCCAGGGAGGGAAGAAACCCCGUAUAUGGAAGAUGCUGGAGUCUGGUGACGUCACCUCGGGCAAGGGGCCUUCGGGACCAGGAGAAAGCUCAUCCCAGAGACCCACAAAAAGGCCACGUUCCCAGGGAGCAUGACCGGGAGGUCAGGGACAGGUGGAGUCACCUUCUGUGGUUUGGCUGAGAGGACGGAAAGCCCGGGCCGCCGUGUACUGAGCGUGUUUUCCCUGCUGGUUGUCCCGGACACUGAGCCAGGAGCCGCGGGGGUCCUCUGUUCAUCCCCUCCCUCAGCAAACGCGGUCAUUGGUGCUCCCCACGUGCUUGGUGCUAGUGUCUCAGGCCCUGGGGGCCCAGGGGGAGGGAACCCAGAGGUGACCUGGCCUCCAGGGUGGCAGGUGAUGGGGCGGGGGUUGUAUUCAUUCUGCAGAUGCAGAAGGCCGGGCGGGGGAGGACGGGCGAGGUCUCAGUCCGACACCAGGGAAGAGCGCACUGGAAAUUUGAGUGGGGGUCUGACCCCAGGUCUUUUUUUUUUUUUUUUUUGCUUUGCCCUGUUGCCUCCUCUUUGUGAUGUACAAAUACACACGAAAAUACUUCCUAAAGCAUAAAGUGCAAUACUAGAAUACUAGCUUAGUGGCUGUUCAUUAUGGACUUGGCUGCUACCAAACAGAAAGCUGAGACAGGAGGGUGGCCCGUGCCCCUACCCUCCCCCCACACCAUCGCCCGGCAUGGGGUUGUCCCUCUGGCCUUGGAGGCUGAGCUGACUCCUGUCUCGUGGAGAGGUGCCUUCCUCUGCCCCGGCCUGGUCUUGGCUUCCUAAAGUGGCGUACCUGAGAAUUAGCUCGGGCUAGAGAGGGCUGGUGUGUGUGUGUGUGUGUGUGUGUGUGUGUGCACGCACACGUGCUCCGUCUCCGAAUUCUCCGUCAUCCUUUAUUCCCAGAAGGUGGGAGAAAAUUCCACUUCAUGCCUGCCGUGCAGAUGGCUAAGAGCGUAGUCAAAUUCCGCUGAGGCUCCCACAUCCAGUGCCGUGUGAAUGUGACCAAGGGUCAAACACAACACCCAAGACGGGGAAGUGCAGAGUGUGUGAAUAUAAAGUUAGAUAACUUUUAAGAAAUCGAGACUGCUAAUAAAAUAUUUUACAUAAAACAUU